AGAUUUGCGAAUUGUGGGAAAUCAUGGCUGCCUUUGGAGACUUGCAAUGACAAAUUUCUAAUUUUGACUUCAAAAUUGCAAAUCCUCGACAAGCUUCUCUAAUUUUUGGGUUGCUUCUGGCAUCUAAUGGUUUAUCUGCACCCAUGAUCAAGUAUCUUGUUAUGGGGUUGCGUGGGUUUUUUGUAUUGGCGGCGAAGAUUUGGAGUUUUAUAUGCUACUGUUUCAAACGUCAAAUUCGAUCUGUUAUUCAGCACCAGACUGUUCGAUAUGAAGUUAUACCGUUGUCACCUCUAUCCAAGCACAGGCUUAGUAUGUUACGAAGGAAGACGUUGGUCCUAGAUUUAGACGAGACUCUUAUACACUCGCACCAUGAUGGAGUUAUACGACAGACCGUGAAACCUGGUACACCACCGGAUUUUGUUCUAAAGGUGAUGAUAGACAGACAUCCAGUCAGGUUUUUCGUCCACAAACGACCUCAUGUAGAUUAUUUCUUGGAAGUUGCGAGUCAGUGGUACGACUUGGUCGUGUUCACGGCUAGUAUGGAGAUAUACGGCGCAGCAGUCGCCGACAAGCUCGAUAAUAGUCGCGGUAUAUUAAACCGGAGAUACUAUAGACAGCAUUGUAACUUGGAGGCAGGUAGCUACACUAAGGACCUCUCUGCUAUCAAUAGAGAUCUCUCCAGUAUAUUUAUCCUGGACAACUCGCCAGUAGCAUAUAGGGCAUAUCCAGACAAUGCUAUACCCAUCACAUCGUGGUUCAGUGAUGCCACAGAUACGGCUUUGCUGUGUCUACUUCCAAUGUUGGACGCACUACGGUUUUGUAAUGACGUUCGCUCAGUGUUGAGCAGAAACCUCCACAAGUCUUUGGACCCCGCAAUAAAAAACAGAUUUUACCUGUCCUCCCGUCCCUAGAGUAUCCCAUGAGAACUUAGUUUGUCACAAGAACUUAGUCGAUUUUUAAUGGCAUCAUAUCACCUCAUAGGCUGGAUGAUAGCCUACAAAUUUUGUAUCGCAAGAGUAGAAACCUGUUCUCGUCAAGAGUUCAGUGUAACCAGUUCACAUGAAGAGCGCAACCCAUUCCUGAGUUUAACAAUAGAGUUAAUACAGAUGUGUUUUGAAUAUAUUCAUGCUACAUUGUGCAACAGUAUUGAUAUGGUUGAUAGAUAAUCAUCAUAGGAAUCAGGUUAUUGUUUAUGAUGAUAGAAUGAAGAUGCUUGUACAGUGAAACAAGUAUAUUCUUAUGGGAAUAUUGCUAUGACUAAAAGGUUCAUUGUUCAUCAUUAUGUCACUAUGCACUGUGAUUCGGUACAUUAGGUGCAUUGUUGUCUCAAAUUUAUAAAGUGGAUUAUCAAUUGUUCAAUGCAAAAAUUAAACUGUAAAAAAUUAUGUAACCAUCUGGUCUUCUGUGUGUGAAAAAAGGUUCCCCUUAUUAGUGUUGGAAGUUUGUAUGUCCUUUAUAAAGAAACCCUACCAGUGUCAUAACCAGGCACAUCACCAAAAAUACUGAAGAUAAAGCGUGCCAAAUCUCACACUGAGCGGAUAUGAAAGUAUGAGGGUGCUCUCCGUAACAAUUUCACGUGUUAUACACUUAACAAAAUCUUUAAAUCUUUUUUCAUGAUGGUUGGCUUUUGUCAUUAAGUGAAUGGUCUUUAUAACACAUAUAUUGGUUAAGACUAUGAAACCCCCCAAGUCAACUGAUGGUUGUUACCAAUGAGCCUUUCAAACUUCUUUCCCAACAUUCAGUCUUAAAGCAUUCAGCUGUUAUGUAGACAUCACAAAUGUUAAGACUUGCGGCAAGUGUCAUGAAAUGCAUCAUAUGAGGCUUGUUCUGGAAAAACUGGGCUUAAUGCAUAUUUUAAGUGUCAUUCCAGAUUAGCCUGUGCAGUUCACAAAGACUAAUCUGGGAUGAUACUAUGCGCCUAAACUGGAUUUUGGUAUAGAUGAGACUUCCCUUAAACAAAAAAUUCCAUUCAAGCCGAAAGUGUCGUCCAUGAUAAGCCUGUGUAUACUGCACAGGCUUAUCUGGGACAACAAUUUUUUCGCAAACAUUAAAACCAGUUUUCCCAGACCAAGGUUCCAUUACAAUUUGUGUCUUAUUCUGAGAAAACUGGGCUUAAAUCAUGUGCGUAAAGUGUCGUCCCA